AUGUACCCAUCCUUUUUCUUCUUCACCUUAUUUUCUCAACCUUUUCCAUCUCCUCUCCUUCUUUCUAUCCUUCUUUUCCUCUACCCUUGGGAAACACAUGAUUACAUUUCUUCUGUCCCUCACCCUACUCUUUGUUUUUCUGCUCCUCCUGUCUCUCCUCUUCUGUUUUUUGUCUUUUCUCUCAAGGUCUUUCUCCCACCUUCUUUCUCGGUUGCUCCAUUUUGCUUUACCUUUACAUCUCUUUCUGUGAUAUUUUUUUCUUUACAUCGUGUUUCAUUAUCUUCUAUUUUUCUUCUCCUAUUCCUAUUCCUUACAAGCUUUUUAUCAUUCUUUCUUUCAGUUUUUCUUCUCAUCCAUCCCACAUAUGUCCUUUCCCUUUCACUUAUAGCUCUUUCUUUCUGUUUUCCUUCUUUCAAUUUUUUUUCAUUUCUUUCUCGUUUCAAAACCCUUUCUAUAGUUUGUUUCAUUCAUUUUUUCUUUCUUUCUUCUUUCUUUUUUCUUUUAUUCUCCUUCUCUGAGUUUAUUGGUUAUUCUUCCUUUCUUGUUUUUUUUUUCUUUUACAUAAUAUCCCCUCAUUAUUUUGUCUUUGCAUUUCGUACACUUCUUUCUUUUUUUCUCCAUAUUUAUUUCUUCAUCCAUCUUGCUUUACUCCGCCAUUUUACAAUUUGUAUCCAUCUUUCGUCAUUCUCCCCCUUUUUUCUUUUCUUCCUUCUCCAUUCCCUCGUCUGCCAAAUUUCUUCAUCUUUCCAUCUUUCUUUUUCAUCCAACUUUCUUUUUAACACCAACUUUCUUUCUUCUUUCAUCGACUUCCAGUUCAUUUCUUCUUUGCUUGCUCUUUUCUUCUUUCUCUUUUCAUCCACGUUCCUUUCUUUCUUACUCUCUUUCUUUCUUUCUUUCUUUCUUUCUUUCUUUCUUUCUUUCUUUCUUUCUAUCCGUAUUCUUCCGUAUUUCCUUCUUUCUAUUUUUAUCCAUAUCCCAUUAUUUCUUUCUUUGUUACUUUGUAUAUUUAUUCUGUCGUUAUUGAUUGAAUCCUUUGACUUCGCUUUCUUUUCUUCUUAG